UGCCAUGGGCCAUACAACAUACCCCCCGUCCUGUCGUCACUCCUGCGAGCACUGCACUGCAGGAGGUUACAGCUGCAGGAGGGCCCUGAUGCGGCACUUGGUCUGCUUGCCCCCCCUUGUCGACCUCCCGCCGUAGCCGCUGCCCUCCGACGCAUUCUGGAUCGCCCCACCGCCCCGCUGCUUGAUGAGCUGAGCGCCCUCUGCCCUGCUGCUCGCCGUCGCUGGGCCACGGCUGCUGUGCCCCUCGACGAAACAUGGCUGCAUGUCUUCGAAGCCGGGAGGUGGCUGUGUCAGCUGCAGCCGGUGGACAAGCACAGGGGUGGAGGGCCCAGACGCCUGCAGAGAGCAGCGACACGAGCAAAAGCGCAACAAAUCAAGGCCUUCAUGAAUGCAGACCAACAACUUGUGGAGGCAGACAGAGAGUUGUACAUACCAGUGAGGAUGGGGGCGAUGCGGUAGACGUCAGAGAAUGAUGCUCAAUCAAGUGUUGGCUCCUGGCCGCAGCGCCGCUGGUGGUUCGGGUGCUGGGGUCGCUGCCGCCCCCGGGGACACACGCAGUGCGAAUGUCCCUCAGGACUGGCACCAGAUCCAAGCCCAGCGACAAGACCUCACGCACACGCGAAUCAUCCCCAUCAUCACCACCAGAGCCCCCGUGUCCCUCUCCCUCCCCCUCUUCCUGCCCCUCUCCCUGCCCCAUCUGUCGCCACUCCAUGUCUCCGCCCACAUUGGUCAGCGACUGGGAGGGAGGAACGGCAAAGUAGGACUCCCACCCGUCGAACCGCCACGGAGCUGCCGGGGGGUUGACCAGGGGGGCGUCCGUGAGGGCCUCCCAUGUGACGGAAGAGGAAGACCGGUACUGCUCCAGUGCCUUCCACUCCUCAUCAAGGGUCAAACCAGACGGAGUGCUGGACGUCAAGCCGUCAAUGAUAUCGUCCCCCCGGGGCCCCCGGCUGUCAGCCCCUCCUUUCUGCCGCGCCCGCGUGAAGGUCAUGGCACGUGGCGAGUCGGCAGCUGGCUGGGACGCGACGGCAUUGUCAGCCGCGUCGCUACUGGCAGCUGCUGAUAUCUCGUGGAUGAGCUGCAGCAGGCUCUCGCUGGCGUGGUCACGCUGGCCACCACUGGCGUCACCGCUCCCAUGGUGCGGCGCUUCUGUCUGGGGUUGUUUGCUGGGUGGCUUCUGUGGGGCUGCGUGGGCGUCUCGGCGAGUGGUGGGUGAAGGAAGAUACGGAGGCGGGCUGCCCACGAUGCGCCUCGCCGCUUCGAGGAUGGAUUUGUCGGCCUGAGAGGGAUGGUGGGGGCACUUCCAUCGGGCGAGCAACGUGCGAACCUGACGACCAAAGGGCAGAGGCGAAGGCACACACAUACAGAUGAAGGAGGGUGUGGUGAGGGGCGUUUGGUUGCUCGCCUCUGCAGGUGUGAAUGAGUUGGCGAUGGCUGUGAUGGUCUCCCUAUGCAUAAUCCUGCCGCCGCGCCACAACUCCUGCAGCCCCGCAACACAGUCCUCAACACCAUUGCAGCUGCACACAACACAUAUGCGGACAGGGAGGGACACAGAGAGCCAGACUUCGCGGAUGUCCCAUGUGGGUGCCAAGCAUUGCAUUGCAAUCAUUGCAGCAGGGAUCAUGACUUGUCUCUCUCGUUGCCAGCUCACUUGUGGACGCUGGCAAGGCUGCCGGGUAGGGGUGAGUGGGCGGCGCACAUCCGACGCGAGUACUCCUGGGCUGCGGCGAGGAGCGAUACUUCCUGGCUCUCCUGUGGCCCCUGCUGCUUCUGCUGCUUCUGCUGUUGCUGCUGCUGUCGGUGCUCCUGCCACUCCUUGAGAAAGCCCUCGAUGUGCGCGGGGUACCGCAACAACUUGACUACCUGGAGAGAAAGAGAGAGAGACGGCAUGGCAUCAACGGACGCACAUGGCUGGGUGGGAUGGAUGGAUUCACUUCGUAUUGGGGGGCUGCAGGAGUGCAAGUGCAUUGCGUGCAUGUGUAGGGUUGUGCGUGUUUGCUCACCUCUGCCGCCUUUCCCUGAGGCAGCCUCAUGUCCCGCUCUACCUUACGCAGCUCCAUGCCCACCUCACGGGGCAACCAACACGGACUGCACACACACACAUGAACAACAUGUUCACUUGUCUCCCCUCUCCCCCAAUCGUCCCUCCCUCUCCUCACAGGAUGCUGUUCCCAUUAGCGACGGUAAGUACGGCGGCCUCGAAGCUCAUGGCGAGCUCCCCGGGUUGCCUGGCCUGCCGGUCCACGAUGCCCCGCUCCCACCCGUCGGCCGUGUCAUGAUGGGGGCUGAGGGAAGCUGACGCCGGCCAGUUGUCGAGCAGAUACUCCAACUUAGCCGGGCUGAGCUGGAAGGCGUGCCGGGCAUACUGGUCAGGCACCAGCCACUUGAUAAUGGUGCUCUCCAGCUGACGGGCCAGGUCGGCGGAGAACCUGCAGUGAGUGAGGCGCAUCGGAAGAGGAACACGGAACAAAGAGAUGGAUGAUGGACGGCGCCGUAAGUGUUGUGUUAUGUUGUGUGCAGUGCAUUCGGCUGACUUUCUGGUGGAUUCGGCGAAGGUAUUGUGCCACUUGGCUGCCUCCUUUUUGGCCGAUGUCUGGAGGUAGUCCUGAAACGAGCGAUACGCCGGGCCCCGAUGUAUCCUGCAAUGCAAUGUGUAAGGGGGAAACAGGAAGACCAUUGGCAACACGAUGCACAUGAGAGCGACAUGAAAUCCCCCCCGCGCUCCUCUACUUACUCGUGGCUGCCGAGAGGCCAGUUCCUCAGCGCAUGGAGCUGCUCCUCAGUGGAGAGGUUCUUGAAAAAGAAGGGGGGCAUCCGCAUGGCCUUGAAGUGCCGCUGGUGGCGCAGAGAAACACCGUCAGAACACCGCCAUGACCCAUUUGGAUUGGAGUUAUCAUCAACAGUGUGCCUACCGAGCGCAUCCACUCCUCCAACGUCAUUGCAGGCCUCACCGCAGGGCCGUCCGCGCCGCCCGCGCUCGCCAUGGUCCCGACCUCCGAUGCGUUGCUGAGCUUCUUCAUUCCGCUUCAUGCACAUGGAUGCAUAUCGAUGAUCAUAGAGCGACAGCUAGGCGUGGCCGCGUCGACGCAAGUUAUCUUCAACUUCUCCUUUUCACAGAAUCUGAUGGGGUGGGGGCCUGGUUGAGCAGAGGACGAGACGACCUUUUUUGGGGUUA